AUGACUACCAAUCCAGAACUUCGACCUGAACCAUGCCCUUACUGCAAGGGCGCUCUCUCCACUCUACAGUGUCCAAAGGCAGCAUGCGGCCAUUGCAAGUCUUUCACACUGCCCAUUCCACCACUCUCCUGGCUACUCAGAUACUAUCCUGAUGUAAUACCAGACUGGAGAAUCGAUCGAGGCACCCAACAAAAUCCCGCCCUAUCAUGCAAACUCUGUGGACUUGUCGCUGCAAAGAAGAAGGCAACGAAUGCCGAAUCCAUCUCUGACCCUGCGAGAAAGAAAAAGGAGAUGGAGCGGACCAUCGCGGAACUGGAUUCACAGUUUAUAGCCAACCCGGAGAGGAACGACGACCGUAUUCUUCAACAAAUGCAGAUGGUCAAGAAGAGCCUACUUCAGAGGAGAUUAAGAGAUGUCAAAGUCAAUACUGAUCAGAUUAGUGACAAGGCGUACAUGGAUCACUGGGGAAUUUGGGGUAAAGGAGAGUAUGAGAUUGUGGAGCAUCGCAGGCAUCGUUUUUCAUAUUAA